AUGGGUGCAACACAAUCUAAAUCAUCUGAACCCGUUAUUUUCUAUAACCAAAGCAGCCCUCUUCAGUUCUCGCAAGGCAUUGAGCAACAUGCCACUGAAAACAAAAAGGAACCUGCUGUCAGUGUCGAAAUCAAUGAAAAGGUUGAGCAACUUGUCAAUGAGCGUGUUGCAGAGGAAUUGAAGCUUGCUAAGUCUCGACAAGAAAAUGUCAACAAGCAAGCUUACGGUGAAUUAGCGAAACAAAACAUUGACAAUGACCAUAACUCUGUUGCCAUGGCAGAGGACAUCGAUAACAUGAUUCAAAAGUUACAAAGAUCCACUCCAUCUGAGAUCCCUGCCGCUAUUGCUGAGCGUCAAGAAGCACUCAUUGUCUGCUACAAGAAAAAUCAAGAUAGACCCCUUGAUUGCUGGGAGGAAGUUGAGCAAUUCAAAUACGCUGUUGCUGAGGAACAAAAGAAAUUUAUUGCUACUCAUCAACGAUAA